CCGCUAAGAAACCGCCUGAGAACCACCAGCUGCGCGAAGCCACUUUUAUUUUAAAACCCCGUGAGAAAGCGUCGCCCGCAGAUCCAGCUUGGCGACGCUCGAGUGCAGGAUAUGACUCGCGUGAUACGUAUUUUGCUCUCCGUGGCGGGGAUGGCGGCCGUUCUUCCCGUCAGCCAAGCGACCCCCCCCUCGUCCAGAGUUCAGAAUGUGCCCCGAAAUCCACCCGCGUGCACCUUGCCCUACCACAACAUCGGGGGCCACUGCCUGCUGAUCGACGACCUCCUGCUGGGGUCGUGGGAGCGGAUGAGCACCUUCUGCGUGGACUUCGGCGGCACCCUCGCCAACCUGUACGAUGCCAAUGUACUCACGGCCGCCAUCGCCUACAUGGACGAGCACGGCCUUAGGGAUCGGUGUUUCUGGGUGGGCGCCUCCGAUGCCGCCGAGGAGGGCGUGUGGCGCUGGACGGACGGCAACCUGGUGAGGCGGGGGACGCCCUUGUGGGGGGACCUGGCCGACGAGGUGCAGCAGCCGACGGGGGGGACGGCGGAGAACUGCGGCCUCCUGCUGUUCGGGGAUCACCACUUCCUCCACGACGCCGACUGCAGCGAGGAGCACGCGGUCAUCUGUGAGCAAGUUGAAGCACAGGCUGUACAUUACAAGUCGCCCAAAAUAGACUGCCCGCUCCCUUACCAGUAUAUCGGCGGCCGGUGCCUCUUCGUUAACCCUUUCGGCACCAAGAGCUGGGGCGACAUGAACGCCUACUGCCAGAACAUGGGCGGACACAUGGCCAAGCUCGACGAUGCUAACCUGCUUGGCUACGUCUUUGAUUACCUUACCGGCAAUGAAGGCCUGGGCGACGUGUUCUACUGGAUCGGAGCCACGGACGCCGCGACGGAGGGCGAGUGGCUCUGGCACGACGGCACCCGCGUCACGAUGGGCACGCCCUUCUGGGGGGACGCGCCCAGCGGGAACCAGGCUCCCGACGGCGGCGAGGACCACGACUGCGCCUUCCUCAAGCCCACCGACCACUUCUUCUUCAACGACUACCUGUGCGAGGGCGACAACACACACUCCUUCGGCGUCAUCUGCGAGUACUAGGCCCGAG